CCAGGAUCCAAAAUGAUGACCGCAGCACCGACCUCGUCGAGUCUCGCAACAAGCAAGUCUCGUUCAAGACGACGGUCGCAUACCUUGAAGCUAACACCAGCUUCCACACCAGCCUUGAGCUCGUCGUCGCCCUCGUCUUCGCCGUCAAGUUCGCCGUCCUCUUCUUCUUCCUGCUCGUCCUUAUCCUCAUCGCGAACCACCUCGUGCUGCAGACCACCCUACGUACCUUUGUGCGACUUGUUUACCCCCGCCGACACUCGCGCACACUCAGCCUCACAGACACGUUGCUCCGCAAAGUCUACGCCGGCAUCACCACCACGGAAAUUUUCACAUAGUUUUCUCGUUUCGCCUCCGCCGACAUCUUUCCUCGUGCCUGUUGGAAUGCGCAAUCACCACCAUCCACGGGAACGCGGCUUGCUCUCCGAGAGUCGCGAUCAGGAACUGAGUCCAGACGAUGAAGAAGAAGACACAACUAAUGUUAUAUAUGCUGCUAGACGUACCCGAAGUAGUCAGGACAUCCACCGUCACACUAGUACACGAGUAGCGAAGGACUCACGUGCCAGUGGGUUCAGUACAUUCCUGAGUGUGGGUCUUGGCUGGCGGAAGCCCAAGUCAGAGCAAAUAACCACUGCUCCUGGACAAUUGGGUGCGGGUGAAACAGAGACUGAGGCUGACGAACCUCCACGACAUCUUCCGACGACGCGUAUCCUACCUGUUUCAGAGCCAUUGGUUCCACCAAGCACUCUCACUACUCUAUUGUUCGAGGCAUCGCGCCUCUUGUCUGUCGUCCCUGCUUCACUGGGCGCACUAAUAAACGCCUGGUGCGUGUGGAAUCCUCCAGGUUUGUACUCAGAACACUCUCGAAUAAAUUGGGAGCCCGGUAGUUGGGGUCGUAUCACCCUACCGGACAGAGCGGAGUAUCUCCUCGCCGUGCUGUGGGCGUUACUAACGGCGCACCAAUGCCUCCAGUUGACAACCGGACUCCUUCACCGGUGGCGCGCCUACUACCCCCCUUUAUCUACACUUAUACGCCUUCUUGCUUUGCAGGCCAUUUGUUGGCCUGCAACCCACUUUACUCUCGGAAUCCUUGGUGGACUGGGCUUUAAUGUCGAUGCCGCAUCCUCUACGCUAAGCAUCCUAGACAACACACUGCUGCGUUGGACUACUGUACGUCCGGAUGUGUGCUGGGCCGUCAUAGGGACAACGACGUGCAUCUCUCGCAGCAUCCAAAUAUGGGUGACAAGCAACCUUCUCUCUUCAGAUACAGGCACUCGCGCGUCAGCUGUCCCUGAUCGUCUACGGCCACAUGUGAAGCUUAAGAGCGAGGAGACACGGAAGGUAGUUGGACGCCGGUGGGAUUGGGGUAUUGUUGCAAGAGUGUGUAUGUUACCUGCAGGGUGUUUGUAUUUUGUCAUGGCAUGGGUUGGUGCAUGGAGGAGAGAGACUUGGGGCUGCUAGAGCUAUAGAUUGCUUCCAUUUGUACACUUGUGCAGUUUUACCGUGUUGCAUGCGUCGACGUCGCCGACUUGUACAUCAGAUCAAUAUGCUAUGAUCAAUCUCCUGGGUGAUCCGCUCCGAGUACAUAUAUAUCCUGACAGGGGUUGGAUUACUUACAGCAAAUGCG